CGCUAGUUCUCAUACAAUUUAGAUAAAACAUAAUUUAAAUAAAAAUUUGUAAGCAAAUAAAAAACUUUUCUUUUUGCACAAACAAAUCAAGACCUUUUCGAGAGAUGCAAUAAAAGAUUCUUAUUUUUAUUAUUUGAGGAAAGCCCUCAUGAGCUAUUGAGCCAUGAGGCCAUGAACCCACACAGCACGGCGCAUUUUAGAAACGCUUAAACCGCCUCCCUCUAUAAACCUGAAGGUUCCCGGCGAACUCACGGCGAAACGUGGAAAGCUGCCAAGCGUUUAACGGAGGAAACAGAGAAAUUCAACCAGAGACUUUGGCUGGUUGUAGAGGAGGAGGCCAGAUUUUGAGUCAAUGGCAAUGGGGAGGCAAAGAUCGAUGCCGCCGCAGCCGCCGCCGCUGCACAAUUUUACCCUUCCGCGUGGGUUGGAGUGGGGAAAGCGAAAGUUUUCGGACGGCGAAAUUCCCGCCGUUCACCGGAGGUCUAAUGGGUCGUUGCCGGAGAAGUCGAUCGGGAGGCGGAGGACGGAGGCUGCUUCGCCGUGGCAGAGUCUCGGAUCGGACGAGCGGGGUCUGGGCAUCGGGGCUUUACAUGAUGGGCAAGCGGAGCGGGGCCGCGAAGUCCGAUCGGAGGGAGAAGACGGGAUCGCCGCCGUUAGAAAGAAGCUGUUGCUUGAUCUCCAAGCAGCGACGGCGAAGAUGAAAGAGGAAAUUAUCAGGAUGGGUCUGAGAGAUGAAGACCCAAAGCCGACGGCGGGAGCGGGCGAGGAACGGCCUCCGGCUCCGACGACUUCCCCGGCCACUAUUGCGCCGGCGGGACCAUCUGAAAUCCCCAGGCCGCGGAACUUGCGGACUCGCCGGUCACGGAUUAAGCACCCGAAAGGGUUCGCCGCCGAUUCCGGUAAACCGAACCCGGAUUCGAAGACCGAAACCAUAUCUCCAAUCGUCCCAAGUAUCUCCGCCGCCGCCGGAGUUUUCGCCCGCGGGGAAAAACUGGAGAGGGCAAAGUUCUCCAUCGCACUCACCCGUCAACAGAUCGAGGAAGAUUUGGCGGCCAUAACUGGCCACAAACCGGCACGCCGGCCCAAGAAACGAUCCAAGAUUAUUCAGAAAAAUCUGGAUAGCCUAUUUCCUGGGUUGUGGUUGACAGAAAUUAGUGCUGACAUGUACAAAGUUCGUGAUGAUCGAUAGAGGGCAAAGGGGUUUUGUCUUCUUCCAAUACUCAUCGCCAUUGUAGAGAUCUGCUCUUCCUGCAAAUCCGAAACUUGGAGAGAAGAACAAUGGGGUUUCUCCGGCGGCGGGUCACCGGCGGUGAAACAAGUUGGAAAUCUUGAAUUUUUUUUUCAUUCAAUUUUUUGGGUACAUUUUUAUUUGAGUGCAUAUGUUAAAAUUGUUUCAUGAAUACUCCGGUGUUGUUUGUGAAAUUUCUUUUAACGUGAAAAGUGAUGUCUAUCAAAUAAAAUUCUUGUUCAAUU